AUGAUGGUCCUGGCCGCCGCUUUCGGCGCCUCCUUUGUGGCGGGCGCCAUGUUCGUGAUUCUGCUGCAGGUCUACCUCAUGUUUCGGGUCAUCACGUUGCCCGCGCUGCACCGCGAGAAGGUCGGCAGGAAGUACGCGCCUGCAACCAUACCUCAGAAACUUCUCAAGGCCAUCACGAACGAAGAUUGGAAGAAAGAGCGCGACACAUUGCUCGUGGCCAACCUGGCUUCCCAGUUUCUAUUCAGGGAGUGGAAGGAAUCCGCUCUGAUCCGUCGAAAGCACCACUUUAUUAUAAGAGAGAUUGACUUCGGCAAUGAUUUUGUGAGCGUCAACAAGAUAGCGGUCGAAAGCGUCACUCUGCACGAGAUAUGGAAGACAAUCGAGGAGCUCGAUGUGUUCUGCAACAUCGAGUACCCGGGUGGCCUCACCAUCGGCGUCGACGCUGAGCUCAACAUGGGAGCACUGGCCUCCGUGGUCAUCAAGGUUCAACACUUGGCACUCAAGGGUCGCCUGCAGUUUUCCCGGAAGCCGUACACCCACUGGUCCUUCGCCUGUUACGAGGAGCCGAAAGUCUCCCUAACAGUCGAGUCGUCGCUUCAGGGCCAAAAUUAUCCGCAGCUAGCGAGAGCAGUAGUUGGACUGGUGCGACGCAAGCUGCGGGCCAAGUUCAACCUGCCGACUUACUCGAUAGCGAUCAAGCCGUUCUUCCUGAUCCCCGAACUGCGCGUUUUGUCCACGCACCACGAGAAGCUGAGCCAGAACGGCACCCUCGAGAUAACGGUCGUGGAGUGCUCCAGGCUGGUGCUCUGCGAAGGCUCCUUCCAGCUGUACUGCAUGAUCUCCCUGGACGAGUUCGAGUGGAUCGACAUGGACGAAGUGCUGGGAACGCCGUGGCAGAGCAUUUCCCUGGAGCUGCUCAAGCCGGUCGGCACAGCGCUCGGAGUCGAGUUCAGGAACGGCGACCUGAUUGCCAGCAUCGAUGGAAUCCGAAUAGUGGACUGCAAGCAAGCCGCCAAGGUCCUUUCCAAAGCCGGAGAGCUGUUCAUCAUGAACGUCGAGAGAAAGCAGGAAUUCAAGUGGGACAAGCAGAGGGCGCUCAGCAUCUCAGGAUCGUCAGAAUACGUUGACCACACGCUGACUCAGGAAGACAAAACCAAGAUAAGUAGCAAGACUACCGACCUCAACAGCAGCGAGCGUCCGGAGAAGAGAGGUGACAGCGCGGCGAUUCUCAUCAGAGCCAAGAACAAGGGCUUCCCAAUAAAACGAACCACCUACGUUCUCUCCAACCGGGAACCUGUGUUCCUGGAGUCGUUCAGUUUCGAGGUCAAGAAUCACUACCGCUUCAUCAACGUGGGCGUCUGGAGCAAAGGCCAGAUCAUCAGCCUGCAGGGUGUGAAGAAGCCCCGCAUUGACACCAUGCUUGGAUACACCGCCAUCCCCGUGUCCCACGUGCUCGAGGAGUGCCUGAAAACCACUGAAGGCUACCACGGUGAAGUCGUCAAACUCCUCUGUCCCCACUUCACUAAGGUUCCCAAGGAUUUUCACAAGUACGCGACCCUGUCGGGAUUCGACCCGCGUCACUGCUACGGCGACAUCACGCUUCGAUUCCUGUUCAAGGGCGAGUACAAGGUCAAGGGCGCCCAGCUCAGCUUCGAGCGCAAGGAGCACAAGGAGGAUGAGCUUGCCGGACCCGUCGUCUCUGCCGUGGACGAAAUGCGGAAAAUGUGGCCCGAGGAAGACGCAGAGCCUGCAGCAGGCGUCCCUGAAAGCACAUCGAAGGAGGAACAGGAGAUGCGAAUGCUGGCGAACCAAGUCAAGGCCGCAAUGCCAGCCCAGCCGGACAGCGCCAAGGAAAAGACACAGGCGGAGCAGCCUGCGCCAACGUACGACGAGGACUUCUUCAAGCAGCUCGAGAUGACGGACAACGCCAGCCGGCUGGACGAUGUGCUGAGUAACCUGACGCAGCGCGGGUUCGGCAUACAGGUCUUCUCCAAGGCUGUCACCUCGGCAAAACACAUUCACCGCGACCUGGAACCUCAUGCGCGCCUGGAGCGCGUCAGAAACGUCUACCAGCGGGUGAAGAUCACCUUUGAAGCGGAGCGCAAGCGCAGAGACAAACUCGAGUCGCAGAUCGCGAGCGCCCCAGAUGAGGCAACGCGCCAGGAGCUGAGGCCCGCGUUCGAACAGUGCGAGCAGAGGCUCAAGGGUCUCAACCUGGUGCUCCUCUACUACGCCUCGGGCCUGAAAUACAUCUACGAGGACCGUGAACGGGCCUCGGAUCACUGCGAGGCACAGGCCCAUUAA